AUGAGCUUCCUCUCGCGCCUCGUCACACUAUUCGGCCUGGUCCUGCUGGCCCAUGCAGGCUACUCCGCCCACGAACACACCGUGCUCUUCAGCAACGCGCGCCUCUCCUCCUCCACCGCCCUCCCGCAAGAUAUCAUCGCCGAAGUCCUGGUCGCCGUUGUCAUUGUCUCUGUUGGGUUGGUUCUCGGUGCAGAGAAGUUGAAGCCGAUUAGCUGGCGCGACUGGGCGGGUGAGAUUGAGAGGGAUGGUGGUGCUCGUAACCCGUAUCUGGGAUUGGAGGAACGCUAUGGGUUUUGGGAUAUUCGGGCUAAGCGGAAGGAGUUUGCGGAGUGGAUUCGGGAACGGGAUGUGGUGAAUAAGCAGUGA